AUGAGCCACGACGUGGCGGAUCUGAGGGCGAGGACGGACAUCAUGGAGCGUUUAGAUGGUGCUAUGCAGAAUAGACUCACCGAUUCGACGGCAACGAUUGGAUCCUUGAAAGCGGUCUUGGGUGAGAAAGAUGAAGCACUCGGCAGGCUGCAGCAAGAUUACGUCGGCAUUCAAGCAAAGCUAUACGAGGCUCAACAACAAAUGCAGAUGAUGAAGGACUCCAUGGAGGCGCGGUUGCGAUGGUUUCAAGAGUACCGCAUCGCACAGUCCACCAAUGAUUUCAGCGGAACUGCCCAGAUCACAUUCGACGUCGCCGGCUGA